AUGAGUAAUGAAAAUGUUCUAUUAUUUCAGAUAGCCGAUGACGCAUCUCUGAAUUUUAAAGAAGAUAGCCUGGUACAUACAUUCAGCCAAAAGAAGACAAAAGCCAAACCAGUGACAAUAAGUGUAUUCUACGAAUGUUUGUGUCCUGAUUCACGCAGUUUCUUCCUGCACCACCUUCUGCCUUCAUAUGAGAGAGCGCCGCAUUUAAUUGACUUGGAUUUCGUUCCAUAUGGCAAGGCUAAGACUUACAUCGAGGAUGGCCAAUACAAGUUCUCCUGUCAACACGGCUCCGUGGAGUGUUAUGGGAACAAAGUUCACGCAUGUAGCAUUGCCAAAGUGUACGAUCAAACUACGUUGCUCGCGUUGCUAUCCUGUAUGAUCAAUGACAAUAUGAGCCCUGAAGAAAGAGGAAUGCAGUGUUGUAGGGACCAUGGUGUUGACUGGAAACCGAUACAGGAAUGUGCUGCUGGCUCCGAAGGGGAUCUAUUGCUCAAAGAGCAUGGAGAAUCAACUGACAUUCUAAGGCCGCCUGUUUCAUUCAUUCCAACAAUCCUAUUGAAUAAGAGCCAACGUGAUCAACGUUCAAUACUUAAAAAUCUAUGGAAGGAACUUUGCAAAUUAUUUCCACAAGAAUCGAUUCCCGAUGAGUGCCUCGCUUGAAUUUUUAGACAUUUUUAUGAAGACUUGGAAUUAAUGUAAAGGGAGUAACAAAUCACUUUUUGUGUAGUUGAGGAGUUGAUAUUGUGGUAAUUAUU